AUGUAAGACUAGCCCAGUCUUUUCCAUGGGCGAAACACGCAGCGCUUUACGCUUGUAUCAACUUGGCCAAUUAAAUGUUUGUGGUGAUGUUUCACACCAAACAAUGGGCAUCAUUUCAGACUAACGAUAAUUGACUUAGCUAGUUUUGAUGGAAAUAGAUAGUUUGCGUAACAAGACAGCUAGCAAGCUACAAAAUCAAGUAUCCAACAUUUGGUCAGCUGACAUGCACCCUCUUCCAAACGAUGUGACCAAACGACCUUUGUACCGGUAGUGGUCUUCAAAAAAGCUAGCAUUAGCAGUUCAUUUGUAUUUUUUUUACAGAGAUCGCCUUUUCCUCUCACAGCAAGUACAAUAUCGACGUGCAUAGUAGGAAAAAAAUACUGCUCUGCCAAGAGAUGCCCCUCUAGCGAACUCCUUUGAUGUAACACUACCGAGGCAGGAAUCACCGCUUUACAGCAUAUUCAUCAUAACAUCAAUAUCAUCAUCUGACUGGAGAGACACACCACUCAUUUUGAUUAAUCCACAUUCAACUCCCAAAGACCAGGUGGCUCUGAAGGAGGCAUCCGAGACGAAGGCAGCAGGAGGAUCCACCCAGCGCCAGCGGACCAACCAUGACCUCCAACACUGACAAUCGUCAAGACGGCCCAGGUCCAGUUCUCUCCAGGAUAUCAGCGAGCACCUCUGAGGAGGAUGUUCUCUGUCCUACUCCACCUCUCCCCCCAGGACCUGAUUCUCAGUAUGAGAGAAUCGGAGGCCAAACAGGGGCUUCGUUUUUACAGACCCUGAUCCACCUCCUGAAGGGGAACAUUGGUACAGGGUUGCUAGGUCUACCUCUGGCUGUCAGGAACGCAGGCCUUGUGUUAGGACCUCUGAGUCUGUUUGCCAUGGGGAUAAUAGCAGUCCACUGUAUGAACCUGCUUGUAAUCUGUUCUCACCACCUCAGUGUAAAGUUGAACAAGCCCUUUCUGGACUAUGGCGAUGCUGUGCAGUAUGGUAUGGAGAAUGUCUCGUGGCUGAGAAGGCACUCAAUAUGGGGGAGGCGGAUAGUGAACGUGUUUUUGAUCAUCACCCAGCUGGGUUUCUGCUGUGUCUACUUCGUCUUCCUCAGUGACAAUAUCAAACAGGUGGUGGAAGCUUCUAAUGGGACAACCAUGAACUGCCACAGCAACCAGACGGCUGUCACCGUCCCCAGCUUUGACUCCCGUCUCUACAUGUUGUGUUUCCUGCCAGCUGUUAUACUCUUGGUGUUCACCCGCAACCUGAAGUACCUGGCCCCCCUCUCUCUGGUAGCCAACCUGGCCAUGUGUACUAGCCUGGUCCUCAUCUACUUCUUCUGCUUCACGAACAUACCAAAUCGUAUCAGCCUGCCGAAGGUGGGUCAUGCCAAAGACUACCCUCUCUUCUUUGGAACGGCCAUCUUUGCUUUCGAGGGGAUAGGAGUGGUCCUGCCCCUGGAGAACAAGAUGCAGAAGCCUCAGAGUUUCAAUAUGGUUCUAUAUCUGGGAAUGGGCAUCGUCACCUUCCUCUAUAUCAGCUUGGGGACCAUAGGGUACAUCACCUUUGGAGAGGCCAUAGGGGGAAGUAUCACCCUUAACUUACCCAACUGCUGGAUGUAUCAGAUUGUAAAGCUGCUCUACUGUUUCGGUAUCUACAUCACCUUUGCCCUUCAGUUCUACGUGCCAGCUGAGAUCCUGAUUCCUCCGGUGGUGUCCCGUGUCUCCGAGAGAUGGAAACUGCCGGUAGAUCUUCUGAUCCGUGCUGCGCUUGUCGUUUUUACCUGUGUCCUGGCCAUAUUGAUCCCCCAGCUGGACCUGGUCAUCUCUUUAGUGGGGUCCAUCAGCAGCAGUUUCCUGGCUCUCAUCUUCCCUCCACUCCUCCAGAUCCUCACCUACCACAACGAAGGUCUGUCUCCCUGGGUCAUCGUCAAGAACACCCUGAUCUCUGUCAUCGGCUUCAUCGGCUUCAUCACUGGCACCUAUAUAUCCAUCACAGAGAUCAUCAAACGCAACGGCAGACAUGACAAUCUGGAUGUGACCUUCUUCCAGGUCCAGUGAGAGAUUUAGUGAGGAAGAGGAGGAUAUCUUGACAGUGGUUGGUCUGGCAAACAGUGGAGGCUGGUGGGUGGAGAAAUCUGAGGACAGGUUCGUUCUAGAAUGGAUGCUACUUUCCUCCGAUUUAAGGUGACACCAGCCUCCACUGCUGUCAAACAAUCCAACCCAGAAGUCCUCACCCUGGCUACAGCCAUGUUUUUGUUUUUCUCACUUGCUCCAUUGUCCAUUGAUUACACAUUUAUUGAUAUUGUGAGUCUGCUUACUGUUGUGGUUAUUGGUCGCUGUGGAACAAUUAUUUAAUGGAAUAGAAGUGUUAAAUCAACUAUUUUCUACAGUAGCUGUAUAGCCAAGUAGAGAACGUGUUCUUCUGACACGAGCGUCAUUCUCUCUGUGCCUCAUGAACUUCGAUGUUUUUAACUUAAUUUUAUUACAUACUUUUUAUAUUUUAAACUCUGCUAUGCCGCAAGCGCACCUUCUAUCUUACAUGUUUUAUUAUUUUAUGUUGAAUCAUUUAACCAAAUCAUUGAAUUUUGUUAAAACAUCCUGGGAUGUUAAAGGUUAAAGUUGUUUUAAGUGAUCAAAUUAAGGCAAUAAGGUACUUAUGUGCCUUAUUGCUAUUAUAAACUGGUUACUAAUGUAAUUAGAGCAGUAAAAAUACAUGUUUUGUCAUACCCGUGGUAUAUGGUCUGAUACACCACGGCUUUCAACCAAUCAGCAUUCAGAGCUCGAACCACCCGAGUUAAUAAUAUCAUUUAAAUAACAGUUAAGUGGCAUUUUGAAUGAUAUCUUCAUUCUACAGACCUUACAAAGAGGAAGAUGUAUGUUUUUAACCACAGCGUGACUAGACUAUUUCCAAUAGAAAUGGUAAAUGACUGACCGUGUUUAAUAAGACUAUCAGAACACAACAACCUGUAGUCUGUUGAUCACCGUCGUCAUUACAUCGUAGCUAUGACGAUGACCGUUGAAUAACGUUUACUGAUUGACUAUAUUUUAGAGACAAGAUGUAAUAGUUGAAAGUUCACUUUUUUGUUGUUUUUAAAAGGUAAAGCUUCAUUUACAUUUUUAAGGCAAGCUGACUAGAUCACCUACUGUAAUACUGAUGAACUUGAGGGACUGUAAAAGAGAAAAUACAUAACAAUGUGUGUUAUUGUAGAGCUAAUACCAUUUUUGUUAUUUCUCAGUUGAUGUUAUUUAUGUUGGCAUUUUCAUUUCUUACAUUUGUCUCAGGUUGGGCACUGGAUUUAUUCAUGUUACUAAUCUUCCAGUUAUCACAACGGCUAUUUCAUUUGUUUUAUCACUUGUCUCGCUUGUACCAACGGUUUGAGUUUUUAGACUGAGGUGGGCCCAGAUUAGACUGGGUUGGACUGAGGUGGGCCCAGAUUAGACUGGGUUGGACUGAGGUGGGCCCAGAUUAGACUGGGUUGGACUGAGGUGGGCCCAGAUUAGACUGGGUUGGACUGAGGUGGGCCCAGAUUAGACUGGGUUGGACUGAGGUGGGCCCAGAUUAGACUGGGUUGGACUGAGGUGGGCCCAGAUUAGACUGGGUUGGACUGAGGUGGGCCCAGAUUAGACUGGGUUGGACUGAGGUGGGCCCAGAUUAGACUGGGUUGGACUGAGGUGGGCCCAGAUUAGACUGGGUUGGACUGAGGUGGGCCCAGAUUAGACUGGGUUGGAUAUCAUGGUGAUGUCACAUUGUGAUGUCACAUGGCAUUGGGAGAAUUUAACUGAUAGUUGGUCUCUUCAACUAGUCUUGAAUAAUGGCAGGUUUGAACUAUUGUUGAGUUUGCACUUUAUUGUUGCUGAAAUAUAGUAUUCUGAAUUUCCCGUGAGAGAAUACUACUGAACAUUUUAUAACGGGUCUUUUUUCGUGAUCUUGAACAUGUAAAAAGAAAAUAUGUUUUUAUUUCAUUACAGUCUAAAUGGGAAAAAGUUCACAAUUCUGGAAAUUAUACUAGCUUUGAAUAAUGGCAGGUUUGAACUAUUGAGUUUGCACUUUAUUUUAAAUCAAAUAUAGUAUUCAUGAACAUGUCAUUUUUAUUUUUUAAUCAUUUUUUAUUUUAUUUCAUUACAACCUAAAUGAAAGAAGUUCACACUUCUGGAAAUUAUACUUAAGCAUUUUUGUUGCUUGUUGUGUUGUUGAUGGGAAUUCUGAUGUUUACAUCCCCUUAAAAAUUGUACUCAUCAUAUAGGUUACGUCCCAAAUUGCAGCCUAUUCCCUUCGUAGUGCACUACUGUUGAGCAGAGUCCUAUUGGCCCUUGUCAAAUGUAUUGCACUAUAAUAGGGAAUUGGGUGGCAUUUGGGAUGUAGGCAGUCUCGUUCACUAGUCUGUCUCUCUGGACAUUAGCUACAAGGGGAUGUUACUUGGAGGUUACCCAUCAUAGAACUGAAAGAUCCUCUCCGGUACUUGUUAGCCAGUAGUUCUGGACAAAAUUAGGCCCCUGAAAGUGGUAUAGUACGGCGUAUGUCCCACCACAUUGCUCUCUGCUCAUAGAUGAUGCAUGUAUGAACUACACAUUGACACAUCCAGCCCAAAGCGGGAGUAAAAAUUUUUUUUUAAAAAGAGUACUAUUUGCCAAAGUACCGGAGCAUGUCAGUAGUUGAGGCGGCAGGUAGCCUAGUGGUUAAAGCGUUGGGCCAGUAACCGAAAGGUUGCUGGAUUGAAUCCCCAAACUGACAAGGUAAAAAUCUGUCAUUCUGCCCCUGAACAACACAGUUAACAAACUGUUCCCCGGUGGCCGUCAUUGUAUAUAAGAAUUUGUUCUUAACUGACUUGCCUAGUUAAAUAAAGGUACAUGUUUAUUAUCUUUUUUUUUUAAUGUCUUUUAAUGGAAAUAAAUAUUUGCAUAUCAUGAAUACCUCAACUAUCAACACAGCUUGUCUUGGGGUUUUUACAGAUGUAUGUUAAGCCAGAGUAAUAUUGUACAUUUUGAGUCACAAUGUACUGUAAUUUCAGCAAAAAUAAAAACGAAUGCGUAUAUAAGAAAAGA